GGCAUUGCAUGCCAUUAGAUUAGGUGCCAUUAGGCUGUCGCUGUGAAACACUUUUGUCCUGUGUGUUCUCUGGUUACGUGACUGUUUUCCGAGUGCAUUUUCCGUUUUUCUCAAUAUUUUCCUCAGUCUUUCCCGAGUUUUCUUGUGUUUCCAUCGAUCGGAGUAUCCGAGAGAGUCGUUCAUCGGUCUCAAAGAUACUUGCGUGCGUUCAUUCUGCGGAGCUCUCCCCGAGCAAAAUUAGCGACUUUUCAAAACUGCAUUCUCUUGCCUUUACCGGAUUCGUCCCUUCGGGCGUUACCAGUUAUAUGACGGUUCUCAACUUCAAAGAAACAUUAUCAUUAUCAAGAGGAAAGUUUCGGAGUUUAGACACGACAGUAGAGCCAAUUCGUGGCUGUGUCUCUGAGUGUAUGACUCCAUUGAAGCACCAGUGGCCUAUCAGUUAUAGGAUAUCAAAAUUUUCCAGUAAUCGGCAUCGCCAUAGGAAAUCACAACCAUUUAGGGAGACGUGACUGUAUUUACUCCCGUCUCUGCCUUUUGAUGAGAGAAAAAAUUCACUCUACAAGUUAGAUCGGCUAGCGUCAUCAUUGCUUCUGGACUGUCAACCUCCCACAACAUCUCCCCUCAUUCAUCAUUUGCGCGCCACGAUAAGUUAAAGCAGCUCCAUCAUGGGUACCGUCAACGUCAAUCGAAAUGUGUCCGAUGCCUUUUACCGUUACAAGAUGCCGCGCCUCAUGGCCAAGGUCGAGGGAAAGGGUAACGGCAUCAAAACUGUCAUUGUCAACAUGGCUGAUGUCGCAAAAGCUCUUGGUCGUCCAGCAACUUAUCCGACAAAGUACUUUGGCUGUGAGUUGGGAGCGCAAACGCAAUUCGAUUUCAAAAACGAUCGAUUCAUUGUAAAUGGUUCUCAUGAGGCCUCCAAGCUUCAAGAUUUGCUCGAUGGAUUCAUUCGCAAGUUUGUUCUGUGUCCUGAAUGCGAUAACCCAGAAACGGACCUCAAUGUCUCUACCAAACGCAAUAUCAUCAAUCAGUCUUGCAAAGCUUGUGGGUAUCAUGGUUUGAUCGAGAGCAAUCAUAAGCUCAUAACUUUCAUCUUGAAGAAUCCUCCAACGGUGAACCAUGCUAUCCAGGGUGCCUCUUUGACUGAAGGUAAGCGUCAAAAACGCCUCAAGAAGCAGAACGGUGACGUAACAAAUGGUGACAUGAAUCGAUCAAGCUCUCCAAAAUCUGAUGAAGAACCAGAUAUCAUUGUGGAAGCUCCGGAGAAAAGAGCUGACGAUGAAGACGAUGCAGAUUGGGUUGUUGAUUGUAGCGAAGAAGCAGUAAGAGCGCGACUCCAAGAUCUAACAGAAGGAGCAAAGGGGUUGACCAUCACAGAUGAUUUGGAGAAAACCGAAGCGGAACGUAUCGAUAUCUUCUACAAUGCUGUCAAGAAGGGGCUCGAGGACAAUAAGCUGGAUGCUAAGGAACUUGUUUCACUAGCAGAUCGUCUGGAAAUCAAGAGCAAGGCGCCUGUUGUUCUUGCUGAGCUACUUUUCGACGACAAGAUACAUGUUCAGAUGAAGAAACAUAGAGUUUUGUUGCUGCGUUUCACUCAUGAAAAUACAAAGGCUCAAAAGUAUCUGCUGGGCGGUAUUGAGCAAGUGAUCGGCUUGAACAAAGACACUUUGUUGCCGAAGGUUUCUGCAAUUUUGAAGCUGUUCUACGACAAUGAUAUCCUGGAAGAGAAAGUGCUGCUUGAAUGGGGAUCCCACGUGAGUAAGAAGUUCGUCAGUAAGGAGCUGUCGCAGGAAAUACACAAUCAAGCUGAGCCGUUCUUGAAGUGGUUGAAGGAAGCGGAGGAGGAAGAAUCAGACACUGAUUCUGAAGAUGAUCUGGAGAUUGAAUAUAAUGAUAGAGCUAAAGCAUCACCCUUGAAGGAGCAAGCCAAAACUGUGCUUAAACCAGCAGUCCACGAAAGCGAUGAUGAAAACGAUGUUGACAUUGACGCAAUCUAGACAUACGCAAUCCAAUCACCCUCAUUUUAUAUAUGUUUAUAUCUACGUAUAAUUUUUCCAGUUAUUUUUAUAAUUUGAUAUGAGAUCUUUCCACCUAAUUAUAUUUUAGAAUUCUCUCCCCCCCCCUCUUUCCACUGCGGUUUAGAGGAUCCGUACCGCUUCCUUCUGGAAGUUCAUCUAAGUAUGCACAAAAAAAGCCUCUGAAUUUUUUUAAUCAAUAUUUUUUAAGUUGUCUUAAAAGUACCUAAGCAGAUUUUGGCUUUAAAGUGAACAAACGGUCACUACUGUACUCUCUGGAUGUGCAGCAAUCGGUAUUUUAACCUCUUCCGCUACAGGUUUCAAUACACCACUAAAUUAAUGCAAUCUUGAAGCUUGUUAAUUAACUAUUGUUAAUUUUCAGCGCAAUUUAUUUUGUGCAACAAAUCCGAUGAUGUUUUCUUAAUCUCUUUUUUAUACUUUGUAAUUUUUAUUUAAGUACUCCUAGUGUCUGCAAAACGGUUUUCAGUUAGAUUGUCGUAGUACUUUUUCUCUCUCUCUAUAUCCAGUUUUUUUUUAUUCGGUGAAAUGAAUUGUGAUUAAAUAAUCAAGAUCGAAAUGUCUAAGACUAGUAGAAGCAAUGAUUGAUGUGUCACAUAUUCCUGCAGGCUGCUGCAUUGUUGUCAGAAUAUCUGAAGAGCAUAAAUGUUAACUCCACAGUGCGAUGUUUGAUUUUCAAUCAGCAGCAACAAUGAGCAGUCCUGGCUAUCAUCUCCUUAUUCCCGGAAUAGCUUGAUCCAGUAGAUUAUUUAUGUUGUUUUUACUAUUAAUUCUUAUCAUGUAUUUAUUAUUUACUGUUAUUUUAAUAAAUAUUGUAGGCAUUAAUAAAUAAAGAACUUGCUCAUUUGAUGGACAUGCACACUGACCCAGCCCAGUGAAUGUCACUCGCAAGUAAUCAAAUGUGCUAAAAACGCAACUUUGUAAGUGAGGCCUCAAGCUGUUUGCGUUGAAAUUAAAUUGUGUAGAAUUUUCUGGAAAUUAAUCUGUUCACUGUUGGUUGAAAUUAAUGUUCACAAUCAUCCAGAGGAUUUUUUCAGUGUUACAAAUUCUAGUGAAUGUUUCAUUUAAUUUUUAUCCCUUCCUACUUUGCUGGAAAAUAAAUUCAAUGUUUUGCUUAGUUU